AGCAGAAUUUAAGUGUACCCGGAUUUCUGAGCAAACUGUGGGCUUUGGUGGAGGAUCAUUCAACAAAUGAUCUCAUUUGCUGGAGUCGAUGUUGAACAAGGCUUCCCUGUGAGAGCUGGCAGUGCAGUGGGCUAAUCCCCUGCCUUCUCUCUCUGAAGAUGGCAUUUCCAAUCCAGCUCCUGGACGUGAGUUCCUGAGGACAGGUCCUCUCCUCCUCCAUCUGUGGAAACACAACCAACAUCAUUGCUUCUCAGGAACUCCAGGAGCUGGAUUUGAACAGGCAUUUUCAGGGAGGAUAAGCCAUGGGAUUAGCCCACUGCGGCAGCAGCUCCCACUGGAAAACCUUAUUCCACACCGAUUAUAAGAACGGCUCCUGUUUCCUGGUGUCGAACGAGCUGCGUUUCUCCAAAGAGGUCCUCCCGCUGUACUUCAAACACAACAACAUGGCCAGCUUCGUCCGGCAGCUCAACAUGUACGGGUUCCACAAAGUGGUUCAUGUUGACAUGGGGCUGCCCCGGGAGCAGGAGGAGGUCAUCGAGUUCCAGCACCCCCACUUCCGCUGCGGAGAGACCCAGCUGCUGGGGAACAUCAGGAGGAAGGUAUCCAUCAGCAGGGGGGAGGAGGUCAAACUGAAGCAGCAGGAGAUGUCCAAAAUCCUGCUGGAAGUCAUGCAGGUCAAAGGUCGACAGCAAGUGGCUGAUUCCAAGCUUCUGGCCAUCAAACAAGAGAAUGAAACCCUGUGGAAUGAAGUUUCCUCUCUGAGACAGAAGCACCACCAGCAACACAAAAUCACUCGCAAGAUCAUUCACUUCAUCGCCAGCAUGGUGCAGUCCAAGAGCGUGUCAGGAAUCAAAAGGAAGCUGCCCUUAAUGCACAAUAGUUCCGGAAUUUACCACUCCAGCCCCAAAUACAGCCGUCCAAUCAGAAUUGAGUCGGAUCAGGAGCCCUCGGCUAUCCAGGGGAACCUGCAGAACAGCAGCGUGUACCCGGGGGGCGUGAUCAUCUCUGACAUCACACACGUGCUGGAGCGGCGGGCAGUGGGGCCCUGGCAGGGAGAUCCCGGGCGCAGCGGAGCCUUCGAUGUUAACUGGAGACCCUCUGAGCCGGAGACCCUAUUGAAGCAGGAGAUUGACCACCUGGUGCCCAGUGCUGCCCCCUGCGCCCUCGCCCCCAGUGACCUCUACCACUCCCUGCUGGAGGAGAGCGGCACUGCAGGGCCCGAGGAGGCCUCUACAGAAUGGGGGGAGAUUGUGGACCACCUAGCCCAGAAGCACUGCUCUCUGUCCAGCUCGCCGCACGUCAACAUGGAGCUGCUGCAGGAUCUCUUAGCACCCUGCCCGGGACCCUCCUGUCUGGAAACGGCAAGGCCCUGGGACAUGAAACGACACAAGAUGGCGCGGAAGGAGCCCGGCUGCUCACAGACACCGGAGGUCAAUGCAGAGAUGGUGCAGUACGAGGAGGACAUCCUGCCCUCGCUGCUGGAGCUGGCAGAGGAGGCCUUGGGCGCAGGGUGCUACCUCGGGGAGCUGCCCCAGGACCCCCUGAGCCACAGGCACCACCUCUCCUGCAGCUAAACACCCAGCCAGGAGAGCGUGGGGAGACCCGGGGCUGAGCCCUCUGCACCCUGAGAGCACUGCUAGAGGACUUGCUUCUGCUCCGUGGAAGGGGAGAAGCAGAACUGUUCUAUUGUGGAGACCUCGAUUCACAUCUUGUGAGCAGGGCUGGGCUCAAUUCAGCCUUUUAAUCACUUCCAGUUCCUUUUGAAAAUACAUUCCCAAUUCCUUUGUAUCAAUUCCAAUUCCAAGUAAGGACCGGGAAUGGGAAUUGGAGAAUUAAUUUUAAAUGGAAUUGGAAUUUUUAUUAUUAUUUCUUCAUUGUUUUGUUAUUAAUCAGUUUUAUCAGGAUAUUGUUGACUGGGAAUAGACCCUGUAAUUAACAAUGUGUGCAGUUCGGGGUUAGGGCUGUGUGUUUUUACUGGGUAUGAGUGCACAUUAGCUCCAUCUUGUGGACAGUCGUUAUAAUGCAGUCUCACUGCAGCAGUGCAAAGAGCUUCAUGUGGUAAUACAGCCUGAAGAACAGUAACCGCACACAUCAAACUGGUUAUCCUGGGAUACUCUUAAACAAUGUGCUUGAUAAAUAAACACUCAAAUAACCUCUAAUGGUCUUCACAGUUUGACACAAUUCAGACAGAAAAAAUAAACAUUAAAUGGGACAGAAAACUACGAGCCAGAAUAUUGUAGGUUGUGAACAGCUUCGUUUCACAGAUCGCUGAGCUGCAUUGUGUUAGGAAUGUAUGGGCCUGCGGUUCUGAAGCACAAGAAGUGGUGACAGGCAGCAAAAUUUAAAAAAAAAAAAAAAAAAAAAAAAAAAAAGAAUUCUUGAGAAUUAACAAAGACUAAUUUUUAUAAAGGUAUAUACAUAUAAAUAUAAACACAUGUUUUUUUUUUUUCUCAGUAUGGGCUGAGGGUUACUUAUAUUACAUGUUUCUUGCAGUAAAGAAUGAUUCUGUUUUUUAUAAGUCUGUGUUUAUGGGGAAGUGAAUAGUUAAGGUAAUUUCAGCGCUGUCUCUCUCACCUGACAGGUGUGCGGAGAGACACCUAGGGGCAAUGCGGGGAGUUUUUGGUUCACCUGGUGACCUACAUUUUAACCAAGAUGGGUGUCAUCAGAGAACGUGAAAGUUCAAAUGAUUACCGUCGAUUUGCUAACGAAUCUAGUUUUCUUAUUGUAUGACUUGAGUGCUCUUAUAAACAACAAAGGUGAAAGAAACUGCCCCGCCUGAUGAGCAGACAAGGGAAUGGUAGUGAGUGUGUGUCAGAGAAACUCUGCAUUCAGCAUGUCAUCGCCGUCCCCUCAAGCGACUGCGAACCACAAAGAGCACUUCGAAAUAAUUCAGUUUGUCAGUCAAAAAAAAAAAAAAAGUUUGAAUUCUGAAGGCUGUGAUGUAAUGUUGAAAGUGUUCACGUUUCGGCUAUGUUUCAUACUGUGUAAAUGCAUUUUUAUGAUAUAAAAUAUAUAUAUGUAA